GCUAAAAGAGGGAGGGAGGGAGGGAGGGAGAGGUCGUUUCCCGCAAUUAAACGGCCACCGGAGAGGGAUCUCUUUAAUUAUCCGAAACUAAGAAAUAGGAAGGGAGAAAAGGUUCGGCAAUUCUACCCAACACCUGUUAGAUCUUCCCUUCUCUUUCGGUCCGCCUCCCGCUUCGCCGUUUCUAUCCUUUCCGCCCGCCUUCUCCUGCCCCUGAUCGAGUUAGGGUUUUUGUUCUCUUCUCCCCUCGCCCCCUUCCCUUGAAUCCGGCUCCUGCCCCGCGCCUUGUCGAUCCGAUCCCUGUGAUGGUGGUUUGGGCCGCCCUCCUGCUCCGACCCGCCUCGUAGGGGCUUGACCCCUUCGCGAUCGGGGGAUGGAGACCACGAGCAAUCGGCGGGCACCGGGAGCUGUCGCUGGAGAAUGAGGGGCCGGCGCCGAUCUUCUAGCGGGAGCGGGGUGAUGGAUCUGGGCUUCGCGGAGACCCCCGCCGUGGCUUGCAGGUGCCGCCUGCGAUCUGCCUCUGACUCCUUCUCCGUCGCGUCCGAGGCGUUUUCUGAGAAGGCUGCUACUGUCUCUGUCGGAUCUCCUCAAGGCGCCUAAGAUAGUUCCUUUUCUCUUUCCUUCCCUUCCUUCUUUUUUCCUUUGCUGUUUUUGUUCUCGUCGUCGUCGUCGUCGUCGUCGUCGUCGUUACAAAUGGGACCGGCAUCCAUCAAUGGAUUCCCGUUAGAACUUGGGGUCCGAGGCGUUGGUGGCGGCACGUUGGAUGCCGAGUGCGUGGAGGUUAAUCCCAACGGACGCUAUAUUCGUUAUAAAGAGAUUUUGGGGAGAGGAGCGUUCAAGACUGUGUAUAAAGCAUUUGAUGAGAUUGAUGGGAUAGAAGUUGCAUGGAACCAGGUGUGCCUCGAUGAAGUGUUGCAAUCUCCAGACAACCUGGAACGGUUGUAUUCUGAAGUUUAUCUGCUCAAGUCCUUAAUGCAUGAGAAUAUCAUCAAAUUUUAUGAUUCAUGGGUUGAUCAUCAAAAUAAGACCAUAAACAUCAUUACCGAGCUUUUCACUUCCGGAAGUCUAAGGCAAUAUCGUAAGAAGCAUAAGCAUGUUGACAUGAAGGCAAUCAAAAGCUGGGCAAGGCAAAUUCUUCGAGGUUUGGAGUAUCUUCACAAUCACAAGCCUCCUAUUCUUCAUCGAGAUCUGAAAUGUGAUAACAUCUUCGUGAAUGGCAAUCAUGGAGAAGUUAAAAUCGGCGAUCUUGGGUUGGCAAUUGUCAUGCAACAACCUAGAGCUCGAAGUGUUAUUGGUACCCCUGAGUUUAUGGCCCCAGAGCUUUAUGAGGAGGAGUAUGAUGAAUUAGUUGACAUUUAUUCUUUUGGAAUGUGCAUGUUGGAGAUGAUUACACUUGAAUACCCAUACAGUGAAUGCAAAAAUCCAGCUCAGAUUUAUAAGAAAGUCACCUCUGGAAUAAAACCUGCUGCACUUGCUAAAGUAAAAGAUCCUCAAGCACGGCAGUUUAUUGAGAAGUGCUUGGUUUCUGCUGCUAAGAGAUUGCCUGCCAAGGAGCUCUUGAAAGAUCCAUUUCUUCAAAUAAAUAGCACAAAGGAACCUCCUACAGAUCCUAUUCAUGUGCCCAACAAUAUACAGAAUAUGGAUAAUCCAAUUUCAAGGCCUCUAUCUAUGGAAAUUGAUUCUGAUUACAAGUCAAUUCCAACUAGUACUUGCACUGAGAACUUUAAUCUAACAGCACUUACCCCGGCGCUGGAAUUCCAAAGAACAAAUCGAAAUAACGAAUUUAAAUUGAAAGGAGAGAAAAUUGAUGACAAUUCUGUCUCAUUAAUCUUGCGUAUUGCAGACACAUACGGUAGGGUGAAGAACAUACAUUUCCUCUUUUACUUGGAUUCGGACACAGCACUUGCAGUGGCUGCAGAAAUGGUGGAGCAGCUAGAUCUGUCUGAUUAUGAUGUUGUCUUCAUAGCUGAUUUUAUUGAUUUUUUGAUCAUGAAAUUCGUACCUGGUUGGAUACCUUCUACCAAUCAUUCUUCUAGUGAGAACAUCAGCCCAUGCAAGCGGUAUGAUGCUUAUGACAAUAAUGAACUUCACUCUGAGUGUCCUUCAAAUACACUAAAGUCGAGUGCUGACUCUGGGAGAAGCUAUGACCAUGCUGAGUUAUCUCAGUUAAACUUGGGAAUCUCAGGACAACUUGCAGAAGUUGAUGAUGGAAUAUCAUACAAGAAGAUGUAUGAGGCAAUGGCAACUGCUGGUUGUAAUUUAUUAUGGAGUGGGGUUGAUGGAGCAGAUAAAGGUUCUCAUAUGUCAGCUAAUUCAGUUGUUUCUGGAAUUACAAAAAGCUUAAGUGAAUAUACUACUGAUGUUGAUUCUAAAGGAGAUAGAGGUGUUGGGGAAAUUGCUGAGGAACUUCCUUUGAGUGGCAAUGUGAAUAAUUUGGAACCUUCUAUAUAUCAUGUAGGUGAACAUCAUAGUAGUUCGUAUCUAUUGAAGGCCUCUUCUUCACUGUCCCUGACGGAUAAAGAUCAAUGUGAAUUGAGGGCGGAGCUUGAUUUGAUUGAAGCUCAAUACCAACGUUGUUUUUAUGAGCUAUCAAGGAUGCGAGAGGAGGCAAUGGAGAAUGCUAGGAAGAGAUGGUUUGCAAGGAAGAGUGGUGGUUAAUUGUAUCCUACUCUUCCUAUUUAUCUCAAACUUAAUCUUUUUCUAUUUUGGUAGGGGUUUUCCUAUGGAAUAUGAUGGCUACCUUGUCCAAGGAACUUAUGGCAACAUUUAGUGUUAGUAUGUGAUUUUUUA